AUGUCAUAUGCCCUUGACAACAGCGCCCGUCUGGCUGCUAAGAAAUAUUGUAUAUUCUCGUUCAUUCUGUCUUUCACACUAAACAGAAUAUCACUUACUCCCUCCUUUACGUUUGGCAGUACAGCAACGUUUUUAAAUCAUUCUCCUCAUUUUUCUUGUUUCUUUUCUUUCACUCUUCCUUCUCGCCUGUCUUCGACCCAUCCCUCCCAGCUCUGUUCUGCUGCUUCUCAUAUCUGUUUAUCUGUAACAGAUUUAAACAGGCUUUACCCGAACGACUUGACUAAGGCUGAAGAUAUUUCUGAAGUCGGGUUUCAUACAAGAAUCUGUCAGGAACUGAAAGCACCGCCAAAAAUGCAGACAGGAGAAUCUGUUGUUAAUGUUGAUGACAAAAAGGAUAAUGCUUUCUAUUGCGAAAAAUGUAGCUUCCAAACUCACUACUACAGCCGGCUGGUCAGUCAUUCUGUCGUCCACUCCUUAGACCGUCCUUAUGCGUGUGAGUAUUGCCACUAUGCAGCCAAGCGAAAGAGUGAUCUUAGAAAACAUCUCAUUCACAAACACAAGCUUACGGAAUCGAAAAACAUUACCAAAGGUUCAGCUACUUCCAGCCAAUCAAAUGGCAUAUCCAACUCGUCGCAACAGACGUCAAAACCAGUCCCUGUCACAUACACCUUGUCACCAGAACAAGAAGUAGCUCAGAGCCCUGAAAGCAUCCACGAUGACACUGAAGAAAUUUCUAUACACAGUGGUUCCAACACACCCACCAUCAAAGUAGAGUUGAACGACGAUUCCGAAGUGACUAGUAUACGCCAGUUCGAAUAUACCAUUCCGUUACCAACGGCCAGUUCAUUUACGGACACUAGUCCAGUAACCGUUAGCUUACCUCAUAUUCUUUUCCCCCAUCAGCGGAUGACGACAUCUUUUACACCAACCAUCUCUCCUAUAUCGUCUCAUGCUACAUCUAAUCCGCAUAGAGUUUCCUAUAGUCCUGCUUCAAGUAUAUCAACCUCAAUGGGUUAUUUAAUGCCGACAUCAUUUUUAUUGCUGGUUAUAUCUAUCUAUCUAUCUAUCUAUCUAUCUAUCUAUCUAUCUAUCUAUCUAUCUAAAUUUUUAUUGCUGGUUAUAUUUUCUUUCUAUCUAUCUAUCUAUCUAUCUAUCUAUCUAUCUAUCUAUCUCAGUAUACAUUGA